AUGCCAAGAAGGGAUCUAAGAGAGCUUCAAGAUGAGGCUUUAGAGUCGAUGUCAUAUUUGGGAAGCGAUGAGAGGGCAUCGAAUUUAAAGGAUGCCUCAUCUCUUGUACUUAAACCAAACAAAGAAAACCACCCAAAGACCCCUCCAUGGGUGCAUUUUGUUGCUGGUGGCAUUGGUGGAAUGGCCGGAGCUGUGCUUACAUGUCCAUUUGAUGUUGUGAAGACUAGACUUCAAAGCGAUGUGUUUAAAACAGCGUACAAGUCUCACGCCGUCGUUUCACCAGGUUAUACAAACUUGUUCUCGACUACUUCAAGGCAUUUAAAGGAGACAUUUGAUAUUAUUUUUAAUGUUUACCGCGUGGAGGGUUUUAGAAGUCUGUUCAAGGGACUAGGUCCAAAUUUGGUUGGAGUUAUUCCAGCUCGAAGCAUCAACUUCUUUACGUAUGGUGUAACUAAGGACAUUUGCUGCCGGUUUGUAGACCAUGGGGAAGAAACUCCCUUGAUACAUUUCAUUGCUGGUGCAAUAGCCGGAUGGGCAACUUCUACAGCAACAAACCCUAUAUGGCUAGUCAAGACUCGACUUCAACUUGCGAAGCAGGACUCUAACUCAACAGCAAAGUACAAGAACUCUUGGGAUUGCGUUAAAAGUGUUGUAAGGAACGAGGGUAUUUUAGGGCUCUAUAAAGGUUUAAGUGCAUCUUAUUUGGGAUCGAUAGAAAGUAUUCUGCAAUGGAUUCUAUAUGAGCAGAUGAAAAGAAUCAUUAAGCAACGGUCCAUAGAUGAGUUUGGCGAUAUAAGUGAGGGCAAUAAAACAACUUUUAUGAAGGUUAAAGAAUGGUGUCAAAGAUCAGGUAGCGCUGGUGUAGCAAAGUUUAUUGCUAGUGUUAUAACUUAUCCUCACGAAGUGGUACGAACUAGAUUACGACAGACUCCAUUGGAAAAUGGCAAACCGAAAUAUAGAGGUUUGUUGCAGACUUUUAGGGUUAUAAUCAAGGAAGAAGGAAUGGCCUCAAUGUACGGAGGCUUAACUCCUCAUUUAUUAAGAACGGUUCCAAAUAGUAUGAUUAUGUUCGGUACUUGGGAACUUGUUAUAAAGCUCCUCUCAUAG